UGGUCACAGAAAAACCGCCCAAAUUGUUAAAUGGUCAUCUAUAUGAAUUCGAUGCGCGACUGUCCUGCUACCGCCCAUAUUUUGCCACCCAGAUGGUUAGAAAUCGUCGGAGGCCAACAAUUUCUUGCCACCCUCUUGUUCUAAUCGUGAAAAACCUGGAGCAUCCAAUGGCAGAUCUGACAGCCAACGAUGCCAAAUGAUACCUGUAUCCCACUCAUAAUUUGAGCAUGUAUCACAUCGUCAAAAUCGAGCGUCUCCAGGGGUUAGGUGUGCUUUCUGCUGUCCUUUUGUAUUUGUGCGUGAACAAGCAUGAGUGGAAUUAUUCCUUCGUCACCUCCUGAAUAAAGUAGAAUUCUUAGUGUACCUCAAAAAAGAGAAUAGAAAGCUUUCCCUCAAAAAAAAAGAGAGUAGAAAGCUUUCCCUCAAAAAAAAAGAGAGUAGAAAGCUUUCACUCAAAAAAAGAGAGUAGAAAGCUUAGUGAUACGAUUGCAUAUGAAUUUGAUGCGUGAUCUAGGAGUAGGAUGCAUGGAUGCUUCGUACUCCCUCCGUUCCUAAAUAUUUGUCUUUUAGGAGAUUUCAAAUGGACUAUCACAUACGGAUGUAUAUAGACAUAUUUUAUAAUGUAAAUUCACUCAUUUUGCUUCGUAUGUAGUCACUUGUUGAAAUCUUUAGAGAGACAAAUAUUUAGGAACAGAGGGAGCAGAAACAGGUAUCUGAUAUGGAUAUCUACCCCCUGAUCAUCAGGGAAUAUAAACUAUUUAAAACAAGAGUUAAAUACACUAUGAGUGCCUAAACUUGUUCUGUGCGGUCAGUUUAGUGCCUAGACUUGCAAAAUACACAAAAGUGGUGCCGCAACUUGUCCCGUGGUUCAAAUACAGUGCCUCCAGACGUAUUCCGCGGUGUGCACCACCCGCGUGGCACGCCAGCGUGUCAUUGGCCCACAUGUCAGUGGCUCGGGGCGACAUAGAGGCUGGGUGAGGCGCACAGCCUGGCUGUUAAGCAGAAAACCCCCUGGGCUUUAAUUAAUUCUCUCAAAAAAGCCCCUGUAACGGCGGGAACAGGGACCGUGUUUAGUUUUUCUAUUUGGUACCCUUAAUCCCGUGCUCCUUCGCUCAGAGUCCCCACCGUUUCGUAUCCCUUUCCUUUCCUCUCCCUCAGUCUCGAUCAGUCCAAGGCGGAGGUGGUGCGGCGCGGCACGGCGGCCGGCGACGGAGGCGAUGGAUGGCCCGUGUCGUCGACGUCCUGGCGAGGCAGUUCCUAUCGUCGCUCUGUUCCUCCUUCUCAAUUUUCUCGCGCCUGUACGACGUAAUCACAGGGGCAAUUUGAUGGACUGUUUUCAGUUGAGAUACAUCACAAAGGUUUUUUGUGUGGAAGUGAUAGCAACAUGACCUACAUGGAUCAAGAAGUGGACUGGUUUGAUAGCUGCGACAGUGAUACUUGGUCAGUUCUAUGGAUUGAUGUUUUUCUUCUCCAAUUGGGCUAUGACAGUGCUGUGUCCAAGAUAGAUGUGUAUUGGAGCAAACCUGGAAAGUCUUUGUGUGAUGGCCUUCAGUUGAUUGCAUGUGAUGCACACAUUGUCCUUAUGAUUGCUGCAACAGUGGAUCACAAGAACUUGGUCUUGCUUGUAGACCAUGGUGACACCCUGGAGUCAGUAACUGAUGAUGAUGUGUUGGUAGAGGGGAUGCCUGAGCUGCCAAGGGUUAUUACUCCAGUUAAGUCAGCAAAGGGAAAAGAAAAUGUGGACAACUUUGAGAAACCAGAAAUUGCAACAGAGAUGAGAUGUAACUACAAGAAAGCAAAGAGAUUCAUGUCAUUUGGUGAGGGCUGUAGCUCAAGGGUUCCAUAUCGAGAAUUUGAGGAAGAAGAUGGCAAUUGUGACAGUGAUGACAGUAGUGCUGAAGAUGCAGGUGACAGUAGUGACGAACAUGUAGAUGCAGAAGUUGAAACUGAUGAGGAUUUCUAUGAGAGUGAUUACGAAGUAGCACAAGGUGAUGAUGAUCUGUUUGAGAGCAAUGUAGACAAAGAUGUUGAUGACCAUAGACAGAAGGAGAUUGUGCCUGACUUUGAAGGAGAACUUCCUGAAGAUGCCCUAGAUGACAGUCAUGUGAACCUAUCAAAAGAAGAAGGAGACAAGCUUAGAUACAAAUUCAGCACAUUCAAUCCAUUCAGUGACCUUAAAGCACCAACUUUUAGAGUUGGCAUGCUUUUUGGUGAUAUGAAAGAGCUAAGGCUUGUUGUGGUUGCAUACAGUGUAAGAAACAGAGUAAAGGUUGAGAAGAUAAGGAAUACGACCACCAAAUUUGAGGUAGUAUGCAAGCCUGGAUGUACUUGGUACUUGAAGGCGGGCAGAGAUAACAGGAGUACUAGAAUUCAGAUAAAGAAAUACCUUGACAAUCACACAUGCACCAAGGCUUGGGAUCUGAAAGCUUUGACUGCACCAUUCCUGACUGCACAAUUCAGAGAAGAAUUCAGAGACAAUGAGAAGAUGCCUUUGAGAAAGUUUUCAGAUAAAGUGGAGCAGGAAUUCAACAUGGUUGCAAAGAGAAGUAAGCUGGUAGGGCAAGAAGAGCAGCAGUUAAACAAAUUCGAGGUGAAGAUGAUGACCAAUACAAUAUGUUGUGGGACUAUGGCCAAGAGCUUAGGAGGACUAACCCAGGAAGCAAGUUCUUCGUGUGCACUAAGGAGGUUUUUGAUGAUAGGACUAAAGAAACAAAAGACCACUUCUCAACCCUGUACUGGUCAUAUGAUGCAUGUAAGAGAGGGUACCUUAUAUUCAAGUCAUCUUUCUCGGUGGGUGCCACAUAAAAACUAGACACAAAGGGAACUUACUUACAGCAGUUGGUGUUGAUCCCAAUGUAUUUCCCCAUAGCAUUUGGGCUAUGUGAAGUUGAGUCAACAUAUAGUUGGGAGUGGUUCUUAGCCACUUUGAAGGAUGACUUGAAUAUAAGCAACUCUUCACCAUAUACAAUAAUGAGUGACAAGCAAAAGGGUUUAAUAGCAGCAGUGCAAAAAGUUUUCCCUUAUGCUGAACACAGAAACUGUGUUAGGCACAUCUACCAGAACUUUCAUAAAAUACACAAGGGAGAACAACUCAAGAAUGAUUUAUGGGCAAUAGCAAGAUCUACACAUGAAAUUGCUUAUAGUAAGAACAUGGAGCAGAUGAAGUAACUUAGCCUUGCUGCAUACCAGUGGGUGGAGAAGUUGGCACCUAAAACAUGGAUCAAAGCAUUUUUUCCCCUUUCAGCAAAUGUGACAUCCUUCUAAACAACAUGAGUGAAGUUUUCAACAGUUAUAUUCUGGAUGGAAGAGAGAUGUGAAUGUAAGAGAUGGGAGCUAUCUGCCAUACCUUGCCAUCAUGCUAUUGCAUGUUUCAGGCACGAGAGGAUUGAACCAGAGAGCAUGGUUCAUGAGUGCUAUACAGUGGAAAACUACAAGGAUUGCUAUGGAUGGAACCUGAUGCCUAUGAGUGACAUGAAGAAGUGGGAAAAGUUGCAUGGCAUCCCUGUCUUCCCACCUAUAUACACAAAAGUAAUGGGUAGGCCAAAGAAAAAUAGGAAGAAAGAGCCAGAAGAGAAACAAGAUAAGAAUGGAUGAUACGUCUCCAACGUAUCUAUAAUUUUUGAUUGUUCCAUGCUAUUAUAUUACCCAUCUUAGAUGUUUUAUAUGCAUUUAUAUGCUAUUUUAUAUGAUUUUUGGGACUAACCUAUUAACCUAGAGCCCAGCGCCAGUUUUCUGU